GUUUUCCUUUCUACAUUUAAGAUAGUUAUUCCUAAGUAUUUAUAUUCACUCAAAAAAAAGAAAACUCUAUAUAUUUUGGUUCGAAUAUCGGCAUAAAUCAAAAGCAUUUGGAAUAGAAAUUUUAAUGCCUAAAGUCGAAUAUUCUACCAAAGACAUUCCCAGAAAUCUUAUGAUUUCUUUUCCCUCUUUGGGAUAACAAAAUACCUAUUUAUUUAUUUAACUUUUGUUCAAAAGUCUUUUUUGUCAACAUAAACUUAACUUUUUACAAACAAAUAGACCCAUUAUAAGCUGCAUAUAACUCUCUAAUGAUUUUUCAUUUAUUUAACAGACACAUAUGUAUAAGUUAUUCACAAAACAAUUUCCUUACCAACUACCGACUCUAAUUAUUAAUAUUAGAUGUCCUUUCUCUGUCUUUCAGGAUUAGAGAGAGUAUACCCCAAUAAAAUUAAUUUCCAAGGCUUUUCCUUUUUCAAAGUCCUUUCCUUAGAAUAAUUAGGGUUAUCAUUUUUUGGAUUUUUAUCAACUACUUGUAGGCCAUUUGGCUAUACCUCUGAGGAAAAAGAACAUUUACUAUAUAUCUUGGAAUAAAACGUAAUAUCUUCAAAAUUUAUCAUCAAGUCAUUCCAAUCAUCCAUUUUUCUAAAACAGGUUUCUCAAGGAGCCAAUUUAAUAGAAACAAAAAAAAGGAUGCAUCGUCGGGUUUGACUCCCUUCCAACUGAUAACGGACGCGGAUGGUGAGGCACUGCACGAGGGGGACUGAUGCGAUAAUUGGCCUUUGGAGGGGUAUUCCUAAUGUUUCUUAUUAGUAUUUCUUCCAAGUUGCUGUGGUUUUCUAUUCUACUACAGACUAGCCUCAUUUAAAAUAAAUAUUUACUAUAACUAUCGACACUUUCUCCCAUAAUUUUAUGACGAACCUUAAAGCGAAGGUUUUUUAUAACUCUUGUGUAGGAUAGGUGUUUGCUAGGUCUGAGGAAAAGGGUUUAUAAAUUCCAAACUUUCGUAUUGUAAGCUAUUUAAAUCCUUAAAACAAGAUGUUGCCUUGGAAUUAUUUUGAAAAUUUUUCAGAUAUAAAUUCCGUCGUAUAACAGACAAAUGAAUCUGGAAUAUCCCCAACUAGGUCUUUUUUUGCUCCUUUUCCAAGAUGGAUAACGAAAUAUCAGGAGAUAUGUUCCUGAUAUGGAUAUCCUAUGAGAGACGACGAGGUGUUAACGCUUUUCCAUAUAGAACCUUUCUGUAUCCCAAAAUUAUCCCCAUAGAGGGGUCUUUGGGGAUUUUAUUGAAAAAGCAUUCAAAUUGUUUUCUUUUUCCUACCGUUGUCCUUAUGAUCACCUUAGUUUUAUUUUAG